UGGAGGCGUCCGGCAGCCUCGGCUGCUAGGGGGACAGUGCCCGGAGCAACACGGCGCCCCCGGGUUGCCGGAGGCCUCGGCCUUCCUCGCAGGCCCCGGAGAGAUGGAGCUGAGGGUGCAGGAGAAAUGGGGUGGCGUGGUUGGCAGUGCGGACCCAGAACCUCAGGACCGUGUGAUGCUGCCUUGACUCAGGGCUGCGCCGGGCGCCCGCCGGGGAGCGCUGUCUCAGCGGCGCUUCUUGCCCAGCGCGAGUGCGUGAUCUCGUGUCCCGCUGUCACGGCUGCGGUGAGAGAUGUCCAGGGUGCUGCAGAAGGAUGCAGAGCAGGAGUCUCAGAUGAGAGCAGAGAUCCAGGACAUGAAGCAGGAGCUCUCCACUGUCAACAUGAUGGACGAGUUCGCCAGAUACGCCAGGCUGGAAAGAAAGAUCAACAAGAUGACAGAUAAGCUCAAAACUCAUGUGAAAGCACGGACAGCGCAGUUGGCCAAGAUCAAGUGGGUUAUGAGUGUUGCCUUCUACGUAUUGCAGCUAUGACGUGCACUGACCACCAGGGGGCAGACACUCUGACUGGUGACGAGGACUGCACAGAAUUCACCACAGUUACUUUAGAAUCUCCAAAAGCAUUGCUGGCAGAGGCCUGACUAGAGGGUGGCUGCUGC